AUGGGGUCAGCGGCUUCAUCACAGGGCACAGGGGCCAAUAACAGCGGCCCGCAGCAGCAGCAGCAACACCCUAAACCACACGGGCAGCGACAGCAACAAGGACGCCAGCAGCUGCAGGGACUGGAGCAGAGGCAGCAGCAAGAGCUGCCUGCGGGCGGCUCCUUCCUGCGGCACCACGAGGCGGCGGCCGAAGAAGUUGACUCACCUGCCGUUUUCGCGAAUUCACCUGCAUCUACAGCACGAGCCAUGGAGCCUUUAGAUGAAGAGCGGUCUUCUCCAUCAGCAGCAGACACUACAGCAGCGGCUGCUGGCGCUGCUGCAGGCAGCGCAGCUGUAGGCGGCGCUCCCUCAGUGGCUGCACUACUCGCUGAGGGAUUCAUACAGCCUGGAGAGUCCUUCGAGAGUCUGAAGGACAGUUUCCUGCUCCUAGAUUUGGAGGAUGACAUGGCUGCAGCAGCGGCACAGGCAGUGCAGCAAACAGUUGCUGCUGCGGCCGGCAGCAGCAACGGAAGCAGCAGCUGCACACACAACAGCGUCCAGACGGCGAGCACAGAGUCCCGUGGGUUUGCAGAAGCAGCUUGCGCCCGCUUGUGCGCCGCGCGGCAGCAGCAGCAGCAGCUGCAGCAGCUGCUCGACGCUGCGCCGGAGACGCUGCUGCAGUUGCUGCGAACGAAGAAGGACUGGGAGCGGCUGGCAGGUGUCUUUUUCGACAACUUCUACGGACUUUCAAGAGCCUUUUGGGCCCCUCAGCAGCGCAGCACGGACUCCCAGCUGAGGGCUGCCCUGCCCAACGGCGGCAGCAACAGCAGCAACCGUGGGGCGAGCAGCAGCAGCAGCAACAUCCUGAAUGGCUGCAACGGCAUAAGCAGCAGGAACGACGGCAGCAACAGUGGCUCCGAGGGGGAAUCGGCCUCCUUUCCAGUUGACCUCGAGGCAGUGCGGAGAUUUUACUCUGGCGUUCUAGCAGCUGCGAGGGCUACAAUUGCUUCCGCAUCUGACGGAAACUGGGACCCAAUAGAACUAAUGCUAGAAAGGAUCAACAGCCUCUGCUGCGUCCUUCUGCGAAGGGCCAGCUCGCUGCGGCAUCCUCAGCAACUGGCCUUUAUCCCUAUCCUCUUAGAAUGCCCUUUCCUAGAAGAGUCUGUAGACUUCUCGGAACUCGCAAAGCUCUGUGAGGUCGUUGCCUCUCUGCCGCAUUCCUCGCGCCGCACAAUCGCUCAGUGGUAUGUCGAGGUCCCGGCAUCUCACGUGGAGCAGCACAUAACAGUAGUUCAGCAGCUCAUCACAGUCCGCAUGCUUUCUGCUGGGCCUUUGGAGUCGUGGCACUAUCUCCAGGCAGCGCAACACCCAGCGGAAACGGCGCUUCGUUCCGCGCUGCAGCUGUUGCACUUGUUGUAUGUUGCAAACGUCAACAGGCAUUUGCGCCGUCUGCAGCUGAGGCACUGGAAAGAGCAGAACCUGCAGCUGCUGGAUAGAUCAGCUUUAGUGUUUAACGAGCUACCUGCAGACGCGGCCGCAGCUGCAGCUGCAGGCGGGACAGCGGCAGCCUCGGAAAUGCUGGAACAGCAGCAGCUGCUGAAACAGCAGCAGGAGGCAAGGGAGGUCGACUUCACACUGUUCCACAAUGAUGCCAUUAACUCCAACAGCCAACUGCUGCAGCACGAAUUUGCGCUUUGGCUGCGCUUACGUCGCGGCAUAGCGCCACGGCUGCUGCAGCAAGCGCUGCAGCAGCGGCAGCAAGGGCCUAUUACCCAAGGCAGGCGGCGGGGACAGCAGCAGCAGGACCAGAACGCGCCACAGAGAGACGCAGCACCUGCAGCAGAACCUUCAGGGUCCUCUGGGGCUGCUUCAGCAGCUCCCACAGCAGCGGGAGGACCACCAGCUGAAACAAACGCUGGCGCAGCAACGCCACGGAGUUCCAAUGCCGCCACAGCUGCAGCAGCAGGAGUGGCUGCAGAGGUGGCGCCAAGAAGUGAGAGAGCCUGGGGAUCAGCCGUGCGCUCCAUGUCAGUAGAUUCCUUGUUUUCCGUAGAAGCUGAGGCAAUGGCAGCACUGCGGCCGCCGUCGGAUGACGCAGCAGCUGGCGGUCCUGCUGAAGGUCCCGGCGGGGAUGCAGUCGUUGUAGAUACAGCUGAAGACUCAUUUAGUAGUAAUUUGUUGCGGACAGUUGCUGCAGCAGCAGCAGCCGAAGGCUUCGCCCCAGUGCCCUCUCCUUUCGCCUUGUCGGAGCAUUCGACUGCGGCAGCAGCUCUCGCUGCAGGCGUUGCCUCUCCCGUUGCAGCCUUCUCAAGCCCAGCAGCAGCUGCAGCAGCGUCGGCAGCCAAUGCCCCAUUCUCGCAUUUCUCUAUUCCAGAAAGAAGCAUGACGAACCAGGCGUUCUCACUGCUCGCGCACCCGUUCGUACUGGACGCCUCAGUUAAGGCAGACAUUCUUCGGAGGCAGGCAGCAAUAGAGCAGCAGUAUCAGGCACGGCAGGCUGAGAUGGACGCCGUGUUGGCGCUGUGCACCGGCGGCGCUGGGUACCCACUGCCCUUUUUGUACUUGCGGGUGCGUCGGUCUCACUUGGUGCAAGAUACGCUGCAGCAGAUUGCAUGCAACAGCAGCCGGGACAGCCAUAUCAACAACACCAACCUCCGUAAGGCUCUGAAGAUCAAAUUCAUCGGGGAAGAAGGCGUAGACCAAGGUGGCGUCACCAAGGAGUUCUUCCAGCUUCUUGUCGAUGAGCUGUUUAGCCCUGACUACGGCAUGUUCUCCCUUGACGAGGAGAGCCAGAUGCACUGGUUCUGCCCAUACUCGCUGGAGGGGCGAUAUCGUUUUGAGCUCAUAGGGAUUCUUUGCGGCCUCGCCAUAAACAACGCCGUUCUAAUGCCCAUGAACUUUCCCCUUGUGCUUUUCAAGAAGCUCUUGGGCUGGCCAUCGGCCUCUCUAGAAGACCUCUACGCCCUGCACCCGCAGGUUGCCAGGAGCCUUGUGUGUGUGCUGCGGGCCUCGCGAGAGGAGCUGGAGUCCAUGGGCCUGACUUUCAACGUCGCGUCCGAUUUCCUUGGACAAGUUCGGGAGGAUGCCUUAGGUUCGCACGAUCCCAGCGACAGCGUUACAAUAGAAAACCGUGACGAAUACGUUCAGCUGUACUUAGAACACGUCCUUGACGUUUCUGUCCGCGAACAGUACAGCGCAUUUGAAGAUGGCUUCUACCGCUGCGUGGACAAGACCACAAUUUCUUUGUUCCGCCCGGAGGAGCUGCAGCUGCUCCUUCUAGGCAAGGAAGAGGAACUGGAUGUUUCGUUGCUACAAAAGGCAGCGACAUACCAGGACGGAUACACGAAGGACUCGCGGGCGAUUUCAAUGUUUUGGAACGUCUGCCAGACUUUUACUCAGGAGGAGAAGAAGAAACUUCUUAUGUUCAUAACAGGUUCGGAUCGCGUGCCACUGGGGGGUCCGCAGGCGCUGCGCCUCACCAUUGGCCGGAGCGGCCCAGACACGGAACGGCUUCCCACUGCUCACACGUGCUUUAAUUUUUUGUUGCUGCCCGACUACAGCAGCGAAGAGAAAAUGGCUCGGCUGCUUUUGAUCGCCAUCCAGAACUGCACUGGAUUUGGCCUCAGGCCGAGGGAGAGCCAGAGUGGCUUGUACGCUUACGGGAGCGUAUAA